UCUUUUAUAGAAGUGAAAAACAACUGUAUUGAUAAUGAUUGGUAAAAGACAUUUUUGUCGUUCGUUAAGCAACGGUCAUGGAGAAAACUAUGGUAUAGAUGACAAAGAUAAAGAAAUAUCAGACUUCUGCGAAAAUAUCGCAAAACCAAAUUGUCUGGGAUUUGCUAAUAGUGAACUAAGAGCAAAUGCAAAUUCAAUUAAACAAUGUUUGGAAGGACUGAGAGACUCUGGUCUUCUAAAUGGUAAUAAUAACAGCAAAAAGGCUGGUAUAACUAGAGAAUUUCAUACUGAAAUAAACCACGAAGCUUCUGCUCUGUUAAAGAAAUUUCAAAACUGUAAAACAUUAUUGGAUCUUUGUUAUAAAAUAUAUCGAAAAAAAAUGUGGGCAGUUCUUGAAAACAUAUGCAAGAAACUUUUGUCCGUAAUUGUGCAUAUGAUUGAAACAAGAUACAGAAAACAAGAUGUAUUACGAAAAAUAAAAGUAUGGAACAAACUGUUCAAUAUCAACAGCAAUUUUCAAGCUUUCUCUGUCGCGGUCAAACAGUGCCAUAAUAAACAGUUAGGGAAAGGAUUUGCAAAUCUCAGAAAGAAACAAAAAACGACACAAAAAACUUUGUGCAAAUCAAAGGGAAAUUUCGAAACUUCGUUCACUAGAGUUUCUCAAAAACUUGAACAUGUGCAGCAUCUACAUGACAUGCAAAUAUUAAAACGUUUAUCGACGGGCUAUUCUGAAAAGAAGGUAAUGAUGCCGUUUUCAGUCGAUAUCGCUAUGCCUGUGCAAAACAAUAUAUCAUUAGACAACCCGUCUAGACGGCUACUAACAUUCUCAGAUUGGCCAAUUAGAACCCACGUAUGGCCUCAACAGCUUUCUAAUGCUGGAUUUUAUUAUACAAAAGAAGGAACAACAGUCAGAUGUGCAACAUGUGGAGUAAAAACAGUUGUGGAUGGCUGGCAGAGACUUGAAAAGCCUGAGGUGGUUCAUUUUAAACUCAACAAUGACUGUGAAUUUGUAAAAGGCAAUUUCCCUUACUUAAAAGACGUUACAAAAGGCCAAAAUAGUUCAUCAAUAGGUGUUGGUGCCUCAGUGGAACAUGGGACAACUUUAUCACAGUAUCAUGAAAGAAAUGAAAGGGAUGAUAAGCAACCUGAAACAGAAAGACAUUGUAAUAACGUAGCCUCUUCUUCAACAGGUAAUUCUAAUUUUUGUGUAAGUGACCCAACUGUUACAGGAUUGAAAGGAAACGAUAGUUUGCAACGCGACAAAACCUCUUCCGAAUGCAAUCAUUUGAAUGAAAACUCGCUUUUAGGUUCGCAGGAGAAAACUUCGAUACCGUUGCCUUCAUUAAUGAACAAUGGCAACAAAAAUACUGAUAUUUGGUCUGGUUCAUCGGCUAACAACCAUAUUAGCAAUACCUCGCUGAACAAUGGUGCAUCUGGUUCAAGUACCACACAUGUAGACACAAACAAGGGCUCAAAUACCUCUAUGCUUAUGCCGAACAAAGAUGAGUUAUAUAUAUCUGGAAGUUCACAGGGUAAUUAUACACAGAACUGGCAAAAUAACACAGGUUUAGUAUCUAACAGUAUGGCAAUGACGGAGGGUGCUACAUCCAGUCCUCAGACUUUAUUGAACACACAAUUAGAGUCGACCGUUGGACAAAACAUCUAUAGCCAAUCAAUAAAUACGGACUCUCCUGUGUCUACUAAUCAGCUGGAACGACAACGAACCUCUUAUGAGCAAACAAAUUCAGGUUCGGUGAAUGGUCAAGAAGCAGCAUUUAAAUACGUCGCCAAUCGGCCGACUCCUUUCAAUUCAAAGUUGCAAUCACCAUUCAAAAGAAGUGCUUAUAGUAAUUCAAUAGACAUAGACGUUCCCGUGUCCACAAUUCAAUCGGAACGAGUACAAACUGUUUAUGAACCAGAAUUUUCGCAUCCAAACUACAGACGUUUUCAAGACAGAAUGGAAUCCUACAAUAAGUGGCCUAUUACGGCAAAACAGCCACCAAAGGUAUUGGCAGAAAGCGGCUGUUUCUACACAGGUAAAACUGACAUAGUGCGAUGCUUUUGUUGUAAUCUUGGAUUAGCCGAAUGGGCUGAAACAGAUGACCCUUGGACAGAACAUGCAAGGCACAACCCGAAAUGCUGGUACCUUAGGUGUGAAAAAGGACAGCCGUUCAUUGAUAAGAUCCAAGGAGAAUGGCAAAAGCGGUACAAACCAAAGAAUCCAGCCUUUGAUGACGUGCUAUCUCGGUUAGCGACCUUUGAUGGAUGGCGAGAUGACAUAGAACAGACACCAGAAGAUUUGGCGGAUGCUGGUUUCUUUUCUACAGGGGAAGAUGAUAUAGUUCGUUGCCACUACUGUGAUGGAGGACUACGAAACUGGGAAUCAGGAGAUGUCCCUUGGGAAGAACACGCACGGUGGUUUCCACAUUGUAAAUAUCUCAUCAAAAUGAAAGGAAUGCAGUACAUUGGUAGUAUAAAAGAAAAAUAUCAGCGUCAGGAAGCUUCUGUCAAUACCACAAACACAACAGAAGAACAAGGAGAUAACCAACUGUUAGCAAGUGAAAAUGCAAAGACAGUACUGCGAAUGGGAUUUUCCAUUAACAUUGUCAAGUCUGCCAUUAACAGUUUAAUCAGAACUCGAGGGCAUAGUAAUUUCAGUACUGAAGAUUUAUUGGAGUUUAUAUUAAACCCAGUAGAAUCCUCCCAGACAUCAAUGGGGACAUCUAAUGAAGCAUCUGCUCAAGCGACAAGACCCUUUCCAGUAGAAAGAGAUCCAGCAAAACUAAAAGUUAUCAACAAAGAACUCAAGAACAACCUAUUAUGUGUCAUCUGCAGAAAAAAUGAGCGUUGCAUGCUAUUCGCAAACUGUGGACAUAGAGUCACGUGUGAGCAAUGCUGUAGAUCAAUAGACUUUUGUCCACAUUGUGACAAACGAAUCAAGAACACUGUCAAAACUUUUUUGUCAUAAAUGUGGAAUUUGAUUUUUCUGUUUUUUGUUGUAAGUAAUACAAGCAAUGAAAAUAGUCUAUGAUAUGAGACACUAAGAUUCAAGUGUCAUUGCUCUAUUUUGGGGUUUUAUAUGCUUUCUGAUGUUAUCGACAUAGUUUACGUUCAUAUGUUUCCGUUUAAUCUUAAAAUGAAAAUUUAGUAAGUUAGUCAGAAUCUUUAUAAGAAUGGAAAAUAUGACGAAAGAGGCUUAAUGGUUUGUGUGUGUACUCGUACAUGUAGAUGAAAAUGGUAACAAAGCAAUUUUUAAGGCUUAUUAGUACUGUUUCCUUGGGUGCAAGUGGGUAUGGUAGUUAUAUCCAUGCUUCGCUUCCAUUAUUGUCAUAAUAUAUAAAAUAAUUAAAAUUAUUUGUCAAAUACGGUUUACAGUUUCACUUUUUAUCGUAAUUGUUAUUUUCAGUAAAAUGUGCUAUGGUUUGCGAACCGUCAUCAAAUUUUAUCGACAAAUUCAGCUGAUUCCUGAACUUUUUCUGUAACCCGUUCGUUAAGUGUAGCUAAUAUAAGAGUCAAUUCAUUUCCAAAUAUCCGUACAUCUUAUACAAUGUGCCUGUAAGUGUAGCUUAUAUAAGAGUCAAUUCAUUUCCAAAUAUCCGUACAUCUUAUACAAUGUGCCUGUAAGUGUAGCUUAUAUAAGAGUCAAUUCAUUUCCAAAUAUCCGUACAUCUUAUACAAUGUGCCUGUAAGUGUAGCUUAUAUAAGAGUCAAUUCAUUCCAAAUAUCCGUACAUCUUAUACAAUGUGCCUGUAAGUGCAGCUUAUAUAAGAGUCAAUUCAUUCCAAAUAUCCGUACAUCUUAAACAAUGUGCCUGUAAGUGCAGCUUAUAUAAGAGUCAAUUCAUUCCAAAUACCCGUACAUCUUAUACAAUGUGCCUGUAAGUGCAGCUUAUAUAAAAGUUCUCGUCGGUAGUCAAUUUCAUUUCCAAAUAAUCGAAUAUCGUAUUGUCGAUGGCAACUCUUCAGAUAAAGUUCUGUUAUUUCCUAAUUACAAUGAUCAAUGUCUUCCUUGAUAUGAAUUAAAUAUCCAUCACAAAAAAACGGGAAUAUUUUGCAUUUAUUAUACUUCACGUAGAAAUGCAAUAUUUUGAUUGGCUUAUACGAGGGUGUUCAUUUACUCUAUUCUAUGGGAAAUACUCUAUUCUGUACCCUUCACGGAGACGCUUGAUCAAGUGUGCGCUUUAUUAAAUACGACUCUAUCCUAUGGCAAAUACUCUAUUACCCUUCACGGAGACGCUUCCUUCGGGUUUAUAUGAUCCGUUCAUCCUAUUUUGACUCUUUCAAAAUUCAAGAGUCUAUCCUAAAUUGAGGUAAAUUAUAUGGCCUUCCAAAUACCGUUUCGAUUCCUAACAUCACUGAAGAGACAUUAAUUGUCGAAAUCCGGAUAUGGUGUACAAAUAUUUGCACCUCAUGUUUGCGGUAUACCAUCUUUUCCGCAAGUUUCUUGUUUUCUGUUUGGUAAUACAUUAAUAAUAAGAUCUA